AUGAUAGUCGAGACACUCCAUAUCACCAAAGCCUUGGUGAUGGAUAUUCUUGACAAGGCCUCCCUGCCCCAUCUCAUAUUCCUGCUGAUCAGCGCCUACUGGAUUCUGUGCCAAUUUGCUCCCAACCGUAACCCCACACUUCCUGGCGCCCCCAUCGUGGGCAAGCGGUUGUGGCUCGAGCCCACUUUCUUGCAGCGCUGGCGCUUCGUCUUUCAUGCGCGCGACAUUCUUUCGGAUGGGUAUGCCAAGUACAAGGACAAGCCCUUUGUGGUCCGGAAGUUGAACGGCGACGUCACCAUCAUGCCGAUGAGGUACCUGACGGAGACUCGCCUGUUGCCAGAGUCCGUUCUUAGUUUCAAGUUCGCCUUGUCUAAAUUCUUUCUGCCCGAACAAAUGAACCUCAACUGGAUUAAGACCUCGGAGAGGGACCCCAAUAUGCUCAAGAUGAAGCUCACCCCCGAGAUCUCACGCUUCAUAGAAAUGACCCGCCAAGAGAUGGAACAGACCCUGCCUACCACAAUGCCCAAGCCCACAUCCUGGACCGUCGUCGACGUCCAAUCCGCCAUCCGCACCAUCAUCGCCCGCAUGACAACCCGCGCAUUUAUGGGCCACCCAGCCUGUGACGACCCCGAAUGGGUCAAAAUGUCUAUCGACUUCACCCCGCAGCUCCUCAGCACCGUCUUCGCCGUCAGCCCGUUCCCCGCCUGGACCCACUCCAUCCUCACCCGGCUCCUACCCUCGCGCUACAGGACGCUCCAGCGGAUGCGCUACUGUUCCGAGCUGGUGGCGGCCCGCAUCGAAGCCCGGCGGGGCGGCAAGACGCCACCCGACGACUGCCUGCUGGAUUACAUGCUCGACCACGGCGGGGCGGACGACGUGUACGAGACGGGCCAGCGGCAGUGCAUGCUGGCUCUGGCGAGCAACCACACCACCGCCGCGGCGGCCAUCAACUUCCUCUUCGACCUGUGCGCCCACCCCGAGUACUUUUCCAUCCUGCGGGACGAGAUCGCCUCCGUCACCGCCGCGCACGGCAGGCCGGGGUCUCCGGGCGUCGACGUCAAGACGUGGCUGCACGCGCUGGAAAAGAUGGACAGCUUCCUGACCGAGUCGCUCCGCCACACCCCGGCCAUCCUGACCAUCCCGCAGCGUCAGGCCAUGCGCGACAUCGUCCUGCAGGACGGCACGCUCAUCCCCGCCGGGGCGCGGAUCGCCUUCCCGAGCUACUGGCACACGCACGAGGCCAAGCCGACGCUGCGGGACCCCGACGUCUUCGACGGGCUGAGGUACUACAAGCUGCGGCGCGGCGAGGGUGGGGAUCCGAUGCGGUACCGGAGCGUCCAGGUGGACGCGGACCACAUGAUGGCUUUUGGGUACGGGAGCCAGGCGUGCCCGGGGAGGCAUUUCGCGACCAGCCAGGUCAAGCUGUUGGUGGCGAGGCUGUUGGAGGAGUGGGAUUUUGCGUGGCCGGAUGGGCUGGAGAAGCCGGAUAUUGGGUAUUUUGAAGAGAAUACGCUGUUGGAUCCGGGGCACAAACUGAAGGUGCGCCUGCGUGGCGCGGAACCUGGACAUGAGACACACUAG